CUUAUUUGAAGAUACAGUCAUAUAUUAAAAAGUGUAAUCUUACUCAAAAGCAAUAUUUUCAACCAAUUCGAGAACAAGUACAGUUCUCUGAGGUUUCAUGAUUUUUAUCCGAUCGACAAGCAGAGUAAAAUGGGAGCAGGAUUUUCAAAAGAUGAUGAAAACGACAGGACUGGUGCUCUAUUUCAAGCAAUACGGAGAGAUCGAUUUCAACUGGCUACAGAUUUAAUCUCAAAAGGUGCUGGGGUAAACUGUAUAAAUUACUUCGGUAAUACGCCACUAAUCGAAACAUGUCUGAGGAACAGGAAAUCAAACAGAUCAGGGAGUGCAGUAGAAUCUGAGCGGGAGCGUUUUGUUUCAUUUCUUAUCAGCAAUGAUUGUGACAUGAGCAAAUAUGAUAUAUAUGGAUGGACAGCUCUUAUGUAUGCGGAGAAGAAUGGCCAUGAUAACAUAAUUGAUAUUUUGAAGAAUAAGGAUAUGAUAUGUAAUGGAGAUACAGAAGCUAAAGAAUGAUUUGCAGUUCAAUUGAGAAGUUGUGUCUUGAAUUUAAAGACGGGAUAACAUACAAACACAUUUUUAAAAUUAAAUAUUCAAUCAUUGAA